ACUGCGAUUUUACCAGAGCUGAUUUCAGUUGACGACGACAUUAUCAACAGCGACUCAUUUCAGAUAGACUCUUAAGGGUGAUGCGCUUCAUCCAAUCCCCUGAGUUCAGAACGUGGGAGGUGCCCACCUCAUGCCACUGCGAGCUCAGGGGCUAUGUCGAUAUGAUGAAUGCACCACCGGCACCGGAUAGUACAAUGUUUCCUGCUUAGUAUUGCCUUGGAUUGGUUUACAGCGCGGUAGUUGUUUAGUGCUGAGUCCCAGCUGAGAGGUUCGGUCCAUUAUAUCUCUACCGCUUGGACAACCCAGAAGGGUCUCUUCCGCUUGAAUGAUCGGUUCAGUGAGAGCUUCGCAAAGACACUGCUCCUGUACAAGCACUGGUCUAAGGAGGAGAGUCCAACUGAUGUAUUAUAAGUGAAGACCAAAACGAGUGCAUAAAAGGAAUCCAUACGUUUGUAAUUGGAUGUGAGUCUGCUUUGACCCCACAAAACUGAAGAUGAUGUUGCUAUGGAAACUGCUGGUGCUGCAGUCAUUCAUGGGGUGCCUCGCAGUGGGCAGUGGCCUGCAGAGCCCUGUCUUUACCAAACAGCCCGGCAGCAUCGUGUUUCCCGUGGACUCCCUGGAGAAGAGCAGGGAGGUGGUCUUCAGCUGCGAGGCACAGGGCAGCCCGCCUCCAUUUUACAGGUGGAGGCUGAAUGGAUCCAUUAUCGACCCAACAUCAGGCUCCCACUACACCCUGUCUGGAGGAAACCUGCGCAUCAGCCACCUGAACAAAGACCAAGAUGCAGGGACGUACCAGUGCCUCGCCUCCAACUCUUUUGGGACCAUCAUCAGCCGAGAGGCGAGUCUAACCUUCGCAUACCUGGAAAACUUCAAGACCCACAGACGGAGCUCAGUGUCGGUGCGUGAAGGACAGGGCGUGGUACUUCUGUGCGGACCUCCCUCCCACUCUGGAGGUCUGACGUUUUCCUGGAUUUUUAACAAGUACCCGUCGGUCGUCAAACAGGACAGUCGACGAUUCAUAUCCCAAGAGACGGGUAAUCUCUACAUCGCCAAGGUGGAGCCAUCUGAUGUGGGCAACUACACCUGUGUGGUCACCAACACCGUCACGAAGACCAGGGUAGAAGGUCCUCCUACUCCACUAGUGCUACGCUCUGAUGGUGUGAUGGGUGAAUAUGAACCAAAGAUUGAAGUGCAGUUUCCAGAGCUGGUUCCAGUAGCCAAAGGCUCCACUGUGAAGCUGGAGUGUUUUGCCUUAGGAAACCCGGUCCCAUCCAUAACAUGGCGGAGGGUGGACGGCGUCCUCUUCUCUCGGAAGGUGGACAUGCGCAAAGCCAGCGGCGUCCUGGAAAUCCCCUACUUCCAGCAGGAGGAUGCCGGGAUCUACGAGUGCACAGCAGAGAAUGCGAAAGGGAGGAACGCGGUGAAAGGCAAACUGUCUUUCUAUGCCCCUCCCCAGCUGAUCGAGCUUCCUCAGGACGUGCAGAAGGCCAUCGACGAGUCUCUGGUGUGGGAGUGCAAGGCCACCGGCAAGCCCAAGCCGUCCUACAGAUGGAUGAGAAACGGAGAGAAUCUCGAGUCGGUCGAGGGCAGAGUGCAGGUCGUCAACGGGGCCCUGACCAUUAGCCGACUGACGAUGGCCGACAUGGGCAUGUACCAGUGUGUGGCCGAAAACAAACACGGCGAGGUGUACAGCAACGCCGAGCUGAAAGUUGUCGCUGUGGCGCCGGAUUUCUCGCAGAACCUGGUGAAGACGCACACGAUGGUGCGCGAGGGCGGCGAUGUGCUAAUCGAAUGUCGGCCUAAGAUGUCCCCCCGGGGCCUGAUCUCCUGGAGGAAGGGAACCGAGGCACUGCGCGCGACCAGCAGGAUUUCCAUCUUGGACAGUGGAAGCCUGAGGAUAUCAAAUGCGACCAAAUCAGAUGCAGGUCUCUACACCUGCGUUGCCAGUAACCAGUUUGGAGAGGCCAGCAGUGCUGGGAGUCUCCUGGUUAAAGAGCCCACGGUGAUCACCACCCAGCCGGCGACGCUGGACGUGACGGUGGGGGAGAGCAUCGUCCUGCCCUGCCAGGUGACCCAUGACCCCUCCCUGGAGCCCCGCUUCACCUGGUUCUUCAAUGAGCAGCUCAUCAACUUCGGAAGCCACGGCGGCUACUUUGAGAAAGUCGGAGGACACUCUUCCGGGGAUAUCAUGAUCCGGAACAUUCAGCUGAGGCAUGCUGGGAAGUAUACCUGCGCCGUGCAGACCAAGGUGGACAGCAUCUCCAUCGCCACAGACCUGAUUGUUCGAGGUCCUCCGGGCCCGCCCACGAGCGUCCAUGUGGAAGAAAUCAGCGAUAGCACAGCUUCCCUCUCCUGGAGGCCUGGGCCUGAUAAUCACAGUCCAAUUACCGCAUACACCAUCCAGGCGAGGACGCCCUUCUCGCUGGGCUGGCAGGCCGUCACCACAGUUCCGGAGCUGGUGGGGGGGCGGCGUCUGACGGCCACCGUGACCGACCUGAGCCCCUGGGUGGAGUACGAGUACCGAGUCCUGGCAAGCAACGCCAUCGGAACCGGAGAGCCCAGCAAGCCCUCCAAGCAAGCACGGACCAAAGAAACCUUGCCAAAGGUCACGCCGGCCAAUGUGAGCGGAGGAGGGGGCAGCCGCUCAGAGCUAGUCAUCACCUGGGAGCCUGUCCCUGAGGAGCUGCAGAAUGGCGAAGGCUUCGGCUACGUGGUGGCCUUCAGGCCGCUCAACGCCACAGGCUGGAUGCAGGCCGCCGUGCCCUUGGCCGACGCCUCCAGAUACAUCUUCAAAAACGACAGCGUCCAGCCCUUCUCGCCCUUCCAAGUCAAAGUGGGCGUCUACAACAAUAAAGGAGAGGGCCCCUUCGGACCCACAGUGACCGUGUACUCCGCCGAGGAGGAGCCGGUGCGAACACCCAACAGAGUCCGUGCCAAGAGUCUGUCGGCUUCAGACGUGGAGGUGACAUGGAGAGGCUUGCCCUGGUACACAAGCAAGAAGCCCGACCAGAGCAAAAGAAUCCUCGGCUACGAGCUGAGAUACUGGGAGAAGACGGAAAAGGAGGAGACGGCAAGCGUGCUGAGGACGGUGGGCAAUCAGACGUCGGCCAUUAUCCAGGGUCUGAAAGGAAGUACCACCUACUACGUGACGGUGCGAGCAUACAACACGGCGGGCUCCGGACCCCCGAGCGGCAUCUCCAACGUCACCACCAAGAAGCCACCUCCCAGCCAGCCUCCACUUAAAGUCAUGUGGAACACGUCGAACUCCAAGAUCAUCCUGAACUGGGAACGAGUGAAAGCCCUGGAGAACGAGUCGGAGGUCAUGGGCUACAAAGUGCUCUACAAACGGAACAGGCACAGUCGGCCCAGCGUCAUGGAGACCAACACCACCUCGGUGGAGCUCUCCCUCCCCACCGACGAGGAGUACAUCAUCCAGAUCAAGCCCUUUGGAGAGGGCGGCGAGGGCAGCAGCAGCAGACAAAUCACCAUCCCCAGAAUAUCAGGUUCCCCUGCGAUGGGCUCAGCCUCCACAGUGUCCACCCUGUCGGCGCUCAGCACAAUAGCACUUUCCUUCACAGCACGGACAUCCUUAUGACGAACCGGAUUGUGGAGAGAGAUGACCCAAAGCUGCCUGCACAGAGGGCAGGAAUCGGACGGGCCGCAACGAAAACGACCACCUUAAACUAGAUCCAUUCAUUUAGAAGCUAGAGAGCAAGAGAGGUCUGAGGAGAGAGAAACGUUACCGAGAUGAGCAGGGCUCGGAGGUUACGAGGUCCCUGCCACGUACUAAGGAAUGGGCGAAAAACAAGGCUCGAGUCUGUUGUUACCAAAGCAGCUUAGAAAAAGAGAAAAAAAUUAAAAAAAAUCUUAUAUGCGUAUUUUGUAUGACAUAUCUAGCUUUUUAUAAAUUUCUUUUGAAUCGACUUGAAACUGAUCUGAACCCAGUUUCUGGACAGGCUUAUGGAUGUGUAGGAGCUGCCGUAGAUGCAUGUCAUUUACAUUCUCUGACUGCAUAAAACAAAUGGGAUUGCUUUGAAAACCCCUCUUCGAACCCUUUUGAUGUGUGUUGUAAUUCAGUUUUAUUAUUAUUUCCAGAUGAAGUCUUGAACUUCUAACUCUAUGGGUCAUGCAAUCAAAUUUAGACCACAUGACCACUCCUUAAUGUUUACUCUCCCGUUCGUCAGCAUUGCACUAAAGUAAUCCCCUUGACUGCAGAUUCCAAUAACAGAAAAUCAUAAUGGUAGAAAGAUGAACGAGAAUAUGCUUCCCAGCAACGAGGGUGAACGUCCUAUCUCCCUCCCUCUCUCUUCUCUGUAAGUGCAGUCUUUCCUUGCGGACUCGCUCUGACCACUAUUGUACUGAAGACUAGAUCAUAUGGCUGUCACCUCAUCCAUGCAUUGUUGUACGUAUAGAGCUCUUCUUUGCCUUGUGUGUGCCUCAUCAUGUGUUUAAAAAUCCUCAGGUCCUGAAGAAAAAGCCUUAACUUCUACCACAUAUUUAUUUUCAAGACUAUACUGUACGUCAUUAUUAGCACAGCGGGACUCUCUGCAGUGGUUAUUGGUGAUUGGGUGAGAUAUAGUUUAAGUAGUCAUACCUAAUGCGUUGCUUUGCAGUUGUUAGUACUUCAAGGUCCAUCUCAUGAUGUUGCCGUUCAUCAUGGCUCAAGGGCAAUGGUAUAUGUGAGGCCUGGUCCGUUUCAGUAGGUCUGUGUUUGAAAAUAUUCUGCUGCUAAUUUUUCUUUUGAUUUCGUUUUUCCUCCGUGGGAACAGUCUGCUGACGCCGUGUGAGACUGGUACAGUACAUAGCGUGUAAAUUUAGUCGAGCGCCAGUAGUGUGUCGUACUUUAAAGGGACGUGUAGGCUAGAUUGCUGAGCGUCUCAGAAUUGCGCCAUGAAAAAAAAAAAAAAAGUGUAAUAUACUUUUUUGUAUAUUUCAGAUCAUUUAUAUAUUAAAAAAAUAUAAACAAACAACGUUUCUAAAGAGCUGAUCUUGGUUUUUACCUGACUACACGAAACCAUUUCAUAACAGCGCUUUACUAUCUCUCUGCAUGUGUCUGUUCUUUGGGUUCAUCCAUUUUUGCUUGUAGACUGACUGGCUUGUGGUCAUGCAAGAGAUGGGAGGUGCAGAUGUUUGAGAUUUGUGUACGUGUGUCCAUGUAGGGCAAAAGAAUCAUCACCGUCUUAGUCUCUCUCUUUCUCAUUCGGAAGCGCUUCUCCAUGCCGAUGUGUAUCACUAGAGAUCUAGACUCUUUUUUGAUGUUGUUCCUUGUUUAUACUGGGUCGAUGAAUAAAGUUUAUUAACUUAUUUAAAA